AGAGGAGGUAAUCACGUGAUGAUCUAAAGGCAAUCAAGAUGGCGACGUCAAUGCCGAAACAGGUGAAUAUGGAAUCGACGCGUCUUUGUACUGAGUGUGGCCGACAGUUUCAGUCCAGGAGUGGCCACAGCCGCCAUAUGAGACAGCACAAAGGACAAGCCCCAUACCGAUGUUGCGGGAAGAUGUUUUUUGACGAGGAUAAACUAAAAAUGCACAGAAAUCAUAUUCACGGAGAGGCGGCUCGCGAGGCAUGUUUCCAGUGUGGGAAACUCUUUGCGACCCGACAACAGGUAACAAAACACAUGGCUGUUGUGCACAACGCAAAUUCCGAAAACUUUACUUGCGACACGUGUGCAGCGAAUUACACGUCAAAGCAGGGUCUCCAGGAUCACACUGCUAGUCAGCACGAGGGUCGUGCAGCGCAUGCCUGCCAUUGCGGUAAAGAAUACCGACACGCCACAAACCUUUACAGGCAUAAAAAAUCAACAAAACACUAA